UAAAUUCCGCCAACAAAAAGCUCCAACCUUCAAAAAGCGUUUUCUUCUCCACUCACUCUCUUUCUUCACUGCACAGUCAUAAUAAUACAUAGACACAUUAGAGAGAGAUGGUGGAUGAUUUCAUGGUGUGUGUUGACAGGCUGAUCAUAGCAUCAACCUGCUUUGAGUCAGUCAACAAUGGAGGAGACAAAUUAGAGAGUGUUCCAAAUGAGAAAAGUUGCUGUUUUAAAAGUAAUGGAGGAGUGGGUUCUUCUUCUUGUUGUUGUUUGAUAAAGAAAGGUAAAGAAAUGGUGGAAUGUAGGAUUUGUCAGGAGGAAGAUGAUGUUUUUUCUAUGGAAGUUCCUUGUCACUGUAAUGGCACCAUCAAGUUUGCUCAUAGGAAGUGUAUUCAGAGAUGGUGCAAUAAAAAAGGUGAUAUCACCUGCGAAAUUUGUAACCAAAUCUUCUCGCCAAAUUAUUCUGUUCCACCAGCCCGCAGCAAUGCUGAUGUUAUGGCAAUUGAUAUCAGGCAAGCAUGGGGACAUCACCUUGAUCUGCAUGACUCUCAUCUCCUAGCUCUAGCCGCUGCUGAGCGUCAGUUACUCGAAGCAGAGUACGAGGAAUAUGCCAUUGCUAAUAGUAGUAGUAUCGCUUGUCUUCGAUCCGUUGCCUUAAUUCUGUUGGUUCUUAUGCUUCUAUCCCAAGCGCUACUCGCUACAAGAGAUGCUAUGAUGGUGCAAGAAUUGUCAGUCAAUAAUCUCCAGGUAUUCCUUCUUCGGUUUGCUGGCUUUCUUUUGCCAUGCUAUGUGAUGGCCCGAUCAUGGUACACUGUGCAAAGCCGAAGGAGACAGGGUUAAGUGGAAACAUUGUAGCAUCAUCCUCAUUGAGACCUGGAAAUUGGAAGUCUCAUGUUUUUGCUUCAGAAAGGCAAGCUAUAAUCGCUGUGGCCGUCUUUCAAAUUUAAUUCGAAAUGGUGCCGAAAAUCGGCUACAAAAGUAGUGCAGAGAAAUGGUUUAAGCAUUAAGUUUUUGUGUAAUCCACGUGAGAACUCAAAAGAAAAUGUAAAUGUGAAAAUGUUGAGUUCUUCAGGUGCACUUUUUUUUUUUAAUUUUUAUCUACUCUGUAUACUGUGUUAGAUGCCAUUGAUGUUAUAAUCUAGCUUCUGCAUACAAGUAUGGUAAUGGAUUUUUUCAA